AUGUCAACAGAUAGCAUAGAAACGCUGCGGAAGAAAUUCCUGCGGCAAAAUCGAGACAUCGCGAGAGUCAAUUCGGCGCAAUCAUUACGCAUUCGGUCACUCGAGAGCGAAUGCGGCCGACUUCUCUCCGACAACCUUACCCUCAAUGGACGCAUACUGGAGCUCGAACGAGAACUCGAGGAGUGCCGAGGAGCACAGAAAAUAGCCGACCAUGCCCUUGAAAUCAAGACUAAGAUGGAGGCUCAGCUCUUGGAGUGGGGCGCCAUGCUUGGAGGGCUGGGUGUAGAGCGCGCUGCGAAGAGACACGCCCCUUCUUCUCCGGAAGGGCCAACGGUCGCAAGACGGCGCAUAAGCAUGAGCCGGAGCCCAGCUGCGAGGCAAAGGCCACGAGAUUCGAGAAGCAGCGCCGAUAUGGCUGCUCUGCAGGAGGGAAAGCUACCUAUCAUCCAAGAAAACACAACGUAUCCCCGACGGACAAUGAACCACAAUGAAAUUCUGGCGAUUUGCUCCGAGGCAGAGGAUUCAAACGAGUCGCCAGACCUAGGGCCACCUCCUACUUCGCGCUUCGUGGAGGAGCCGGUCAAGAUCGACAGUCCCAGUAGAUCAACUGGCCACUCCCAACCCAGCCCCAAACUCAAAAUCGAAGCACUCCUACCGUCCAGCUCUCCCCCCAGGCCAAACAUAGAGCCGACGAAGCAGACCAGCGCGGCAUUGGACGCCAACACUCUGGAGGAUCCGAAACCAACCAAGGAAUCACGCCCACAAAUUCAUCCCGCCGUCAAAGCAGGCUCUAAGAGAAAAUUCGGUGACGAGAACGACGAAUUCCAAGUGUCUAGGGCAUUUUCGGCCACGGACAAGGCCGGCAGCAAGACUGCGCCCGAUAAGCCACUCAUUGUGAGGGACUUGAAGGACCGCCGCAGUAUGAAAGACUUGUCGGCCAAGUCUGACGAGAAGAGGGCCCAAAACACAGAUCCUACAAAGCCACGACCCAGACAACCUCUAGCAGACAAGAGCAGGAACGACGGCGUGGCUUCACCAAAGAAGCUACCUAAAUCAGCGACAACAGGAGAUCUUCUGAAGCUCAUGUCGGACCCACCAAAGGAGAUCUCGCUAAAGGCCGCGCCAUUGAAGAAGAAGAGAGUUGUUCCGAUCAAGGUUCCCCCACUGCCGCCAGCAGAGCCUUUGGCGUCGAAGCCAUCGCUAGAACCAGAGACACCAUCAACGGACAUCAGAGUUGUCUUCCCUGAUACUCCAGAGACCAAAUCCACAAGCGAGAAACCAAAGGAUACGCCCCCGCCAGCCGAUAUUACCUCUCAUGGGGAAACUUCCCGGCCCAGUAGGAGGGUGAGGGCAUCUGUCAGCUAUGCUGAGCCGAACCUCAGGGAUAAGAUGAGGCGACCAACGAAAGAAAUGUUGGAUGCAGUCUCUGGAGAGGGGAAAUACAGACGCACCAGCUUAGCCCAUCACGUACCAUCGGCAUCCGCAUCAAAGAACAUGGCUGAAGGCGAGCUCACUAAAUCAGCGUCAUUGAGCCAACUCCCGGCAGCCGAAGCCGCCAUGGAGAACGAGGCAGCCCGCCGGCCUCCCGUCACGAGCCCAUUAUUACAGAGAGAUUCGGCGAAAGAAGUGCCGCCAGCUGAUUUGGCAGGUAAUGCUGUGACGGAAAAGCGAAGGCGGCCAUCAUCGAGGCAAAGCCAGAUGUUCGAACAGCUGGAGAAGGCAGAAGACGACCAGUCCGAAGAAGCUAGCGUCGAGCAGGUACAGGGAAUCGAUCCCUACGAAUUCCGGGACGAGUCCACCGUUAUCGAGCAGCCCAAAGAGAUUCCUCCAAAAGGCAAAGUCAGCAAGGGAAUGAGGCGGUCGACGGCGGCCAAAACCACAGGUACCGAUGACCAAUCUGCAUCAGCGGUGGAUGCAAGGAAGCCCUCCCGGAAACGGGCAUCAAUGGCUGCGCCUAAAAAGUCAUCCAUGCUUGAUGAGGCACAGGACGAGGACUCUUCGUUCGAGGCUAGCCUUGAGACAAUGAGGGACAGUUCAUCAUCGCUACUCCAAGAUAAGGCCUCGAGACGUCGAAGCAUGAUGUUGUAA